UCUCCCUCUCUCUCUCUCUCUCAACCUAUCUGUGUCUAUAGACUUAUAGACACAUUCGGCAGCAUAGUACCAAAUCUUCAAAUAUAAUGCAGGGGAGAUGACCCAUCAAGAAAACGAGAGUUUUGCACAGAGUGACAAAACGAGAGAGAGAGUGAGAGAGAGAAUGGGGUGAGAGAGAGAGAGAGAGAGAGAGAGAGAGAAAUGGGGGCAGCUGGAAGUUUUUUACAGUUCCAUAGCUGCUGAUCACUUCCUGGCAUUGUAGGCCCUUUUGGGCAAUCUUUCUUCCUGAUGAUGAGCUGAUUGUCUUUCGGGGCAGAGGUUAUCCGUCUGUGUUGUAGUUGGACAGGAGAGUGUGUGUCUUUUCUGAUCUGGGGCAGUCAACAAGGUUUCCUGUUCCCGAAAACAAGAUACAAAGUUAUCCCAGUAAAGUAAAGCGGUGGCAGGAGGAAUCUGUACUAGUGUAUUAUUCUGGCCUGGAUCCACAACUUAAGUUUGGACGAGGCCUUUGCCAAGUCAAAACCAGCCGUUUACUUGUUACUUGCUGGGCUCAUGGCAACUCUGUUGCAUUCUGAAUCGAGGCGCUUGUACUCUUGGUGGUGGAGCAGCCACAUCAGCCCCAAAAACUCGAAAUGGCUUCAGGAGAAUCUCACAGAUAUGGAUACAAAAGUGAAAGCUAUGAUCAAGCUAAUCGAAGAAGAUGCAGACUCGUUUGCUAGGAGGGCAGAGAUGUACUACAAAAGACGGCCGGAGCUCAUGAAGCUGGUCGAGGAGUUUUACCGAGCUUACCGUGCACUAGCAGAGAGGUACAACCAUGCGACCGUGGAGCUCCGUCUAGCCCAUCGCACCAUGGCUGAAGCCUUCCCAGACCAAGUGCCUUAUUCUCUUUCUGAUGAGUCGCCCUCAAACUCUUCUUCUGGCCCUGAUGCGGAGCCCCACACGCCUGAGAUGCCACAUCCUAUUCGUCCAUUUCUCGACCCUGAAGGAUCUGACUCUGGCUCUACCAAGAAGGGGCUGAAGCAGGUGCAUGACAUGUUUGAGUCUGAGGAUGCCGUGCACCAGAGUUUCCAACAAGGGCUGUCCCAAUUGUCCCAUGAGAACAAAAACCUCAAGACUAAAGUUGUUUCAGAGUCGGAACGAGCGAGCAGAGCUGAGGUCGAGGUCCAGACCUUGAAGAGUAUCCUCUCCCAGAUGCAGGCUGAAAAGGAUUCUAUACUGGCAGAGUAUGAAAAGAGUUUGGAGAAGCUGUCGAACCUGAAGGGGGAGCUCAAUUGUGCACAGGAACAUGUGGAAGGGCUUGAUGAAAGAGCAGGCAAAGCCGAGAUUGAGAUUAAGAUACUGAAGGAAGCCCUGGCGAAACUGGAGACUGAGAGAGACAUGAGCCUUUUGAAGUACAAUGAGAGUUUGAAAAAGAUAUCUAAUCUUGAGUUGAUGCUCGAAAAGGCAGAAUCGCAAACUCAGAAUCUUAAGCACGAACUAUCGAGAUUAGAAACUGAGAGAGAAGCUGGGCUACUUCAGUAUCAUCAAUGUCUAGAGACGAUCUCUGCUCUUGAGAGCAAAAUCUCGCUUGCUGAGCUGGAUGCAAGGAAGCUUUCGGAGCAAGCUAAUGAGGCAGAAAGAAGAGUCCUAGAACUCGGGGAGGCUGUUAAAAAGUUGAAUGAAGAGAAAGAAGCAGUGGCUUGUCUAUACAAGCAGUGCCUUGAGACUCUGGGUGAGAUGGAAGCUGAGCUUUCUCGAUUCCAGGAGGAAGCCAAACGGCUUAACAGUGAGAUCAUGAUUGGUGCUGAGAAGCUGAAGAGUGCUGAGGAAAAACGUAGUUUAUUGGAGAAAUCAAACCGUUCCUUACAGUGUGAGGCAGAGAAUUUAGCAAAGAAGAUUGAGAUGAAGGACCAAGAGCUUUUGCACAAAGACGAGAAGCUCGAGAAACUUCAAUCCUCAAUGAAAGAUGGGCAUAUGAGAUUCAAUCAUGUAGAUGCCAGCCUCCAGACUCUGCAGAAGUUGUAUUAUGAAUCUCAGGAGGAGCAGAGAGCUCUGGCUUUGGAGAUCAGAAGCGGCCUUCAGAUGUUGAAGGACUUGGAAGCUCGUAAGCUCGCGUUAGAGGAGGAGAUCCAGCGGGUCAAGGAAGAGAACUGCAGCCUCAGUGAAAUCAAUUCGGCUUCUACCCUUUCAGAGAAAAAUUUAAGGGAGGAGUUAUGCAGUUUGAAGGAGAUGAAAAAGAAACUCGAGGAGGAUUUUGCUGCUCAGGCUGAGCAGUGUAAUGCUCUCCAGCGAGAGAUAAAUCAGUUAAGAGAGGAGAUCACAGGCUUGAAUGGUUCCUAUGGCUUGUUAUUGUUGCAAGUUGAGGAGUUGAGAGAUGAAAACACAGAGCUGAGAGGGGGCCAGAAGCAUGAUGAGGAGGAGAGAGAAACGCUUCAUGAUAAGCUGAAGAUAAUGGAUGAGAUUUCUGAGAAGAACUCAGCUCUUGAGAGGUCCUUGUGUGAGUUGAAUGGAGCUCUGAGGGAGUCGAGGGAGAUGGUGAAGCAGUUGCAGGAAUCGUGCCAAUCUCUGGAGGGAGAGAAAUCGACCCUUGUCACCGAUAAGGCCACUUUACUCUCUCAGUUGCAGAAGAUUACCGAGGACAUGCAGAAGCUCCUAGAGAAGAAUGCUUCAUUGGAAUGUUCUCUGUCUGCAGGAAGAGCUGAGGUGGAAGGCUUAAGGGAGAAAUCUAGGAGAGUAGAUGAAUUCUGUCAGUUGGUAAUUAAUGAGAAAUCGAAUCUUCUCACAGAUAGGAGCUGUCUGGCCUCGCAGUUGGAAAACGUCGAAAGGAGGCUAUCUAAUUUGGUGAGGAGGUUUGAGAACAUGGAAGAGAAGUGCUCAAGGCUGGAGAAGGAGAAGGAGACGACUCUAAACCAAGUAGAAGAGCUCCGAGGUUACCUUGGCCUGGAGAAGCAAGAACGAACCACCUAUAUUCAAUCAAGUGAGACACGUUUGGCGGGUCUAGAGAGCCAUGUGAAGUUCCUACAGGAAGAGAUUCGGCUGAGGAAGAAGGAGUUCGAGGAAGAGGUGGAAAAGGCCGUGAAUUCCCAGCUCGAGAUCUUCAUCCUGCAGAAGUUCGUGGAGGAUCUUGAGGAAAAGAACCUGUCUCUAUUGUUCGAGUGCCAGAAGCAAGUAGAAGCUUCAAAGCUUUCAAAUAAGUUGAUUACUGAACUAGAGAGUGAGAAUCUUGAGCAGCAGGUUGAAGUCGAGAUGCUCUCAGAUGAAGUGGGGCGGCUGAGGACGGGGAUUUAUCAGGUCUUUCGGGCACUUCAGAUUGAUCCACAAAUUUGGUACAGAGAUGAAGUGGGGAAAGCGAAUACAGAAAAAGUUCCGUUGCUUCAUAUUUUGGAUAAGAUUGAGAAUAUGAAGAGUUCUCUCUUAAGAAACAAGGACGAGAAGCUGAGUUUGUUGAUCGAGAACUCAUUGCUAUUGACGGUACUUGGACAAGUUAGAGUGGAGGGUGAAGAACUUGAGACGGGGAAAAAGUCAGUGGAGAAGGAACUCGAAAAGAUAACAGCAGAAUACUUCCUGGUGGAAAAAGAGAAGACCGAACUUCUAGAGGAAAACGAGCUGCUGAAGCUUCAAAUUACUGGGGGAGGUGAACGAGAGAAAGAACUCCAAUAUGAUUUACAGAAUCUCAGCGAACAAUUAGAUAAGUGGCAGCAUGAAAAUUUGGAAAUAGUAAAGGAAAACCGAGUUUUGCAUGAAAAGAUGUGUCUGACGGAAGAAGAGAAUCGUGCUCUUUUGAAGGAAAACGAUGAAAUUUUUAGAGAAGCAGUCACUGCAGGAAACCUCUCGGUGGUUUACAAGAGCUUAGUGGAGGAAGAAGAGUGCGAGAUAAAAACUCUCUCUGAAGAUCUUCAAGAACUCUAUGAGAUCAACAGAAGACUCAGGGAGGAGGUAAGAAACUUGAAGGAUCAGUUGGGUGUGAAAGGGGAAGAGAAUCUCUGCCUUGUGAGAUCUGUUGAGAAGUUGAGUGGAGAACUGCAUGAAGUCAACGACCUGAAUGAUCAGUUGAACCAUCAGAUUGUAAUGGGGAAUGAUUUUCUCAGAGAGAAAGCGAGGGAGCUAUCUGAAGUGGAAAACAAGCUCGAGCGAUCCCAGUGCUCAACAACCGAGCUCUGUCGGACUGUCCAGGAGCUGAGUAGGGAGCAUGAGGAGUCGAAGAAAGGAAGAAGAGACAGGGAGGAGGAGAUUGAGAGGCUUCUAGAAGCAAACAGAGAACUAGAGCUCGAGAUUAGUAGAUUGAGAGAGGAAGUGGAGGAAAGGAGGGCUCGAGAAGAGAGCUUGAGCUCAGAGUUGCUAGAGAGGAGUAAUGAAAAUGAGCUGUGGGAGUCAGAGGCUUCGUCAUUCUACUUCGAUCUCCAAAUUUCAGGUGUCCGUGAAGUUCUCUUGGAGAACAAGGUUCACGAGUUAACAGAGAUUUGUGAGAAUCUAAAGAAUUCAGGAGGCGAGGAGAUCGAACACAUGAAGGAAAGAGUUGGUUUCUUGGAGAGGGAGAUUGGAGGGUUGAAGAGCCAGCUGUCUGCGUAUAUUCCUGUCAUAUCAUCUCUUCGAGAUGACAUGCCAUCACUCAAGCAGAAUGCUCUCCUCUGGAGACAACUCUGUGCGGAGGGGAAGCUUGAAAAGAAGGAUGUGGAGGAAAGGGCUAAUAGGAUCUGUGAGAACCAUCAGGAACUUGGAGAAGACCAGAGUGCUGCAAUACAAGCAGGAAUCUCGAACUUGCAGAGGAUGCACAGCAGAAUUGAAGCUGUCGAGAAGGCAGUCAUGGAAGAAAUGGGAAGGCUCAAAAUGGAGAGAGUUGAAGACCCAAGAACUUCGGUUGAGGAGACCAAAGACGAGUUGCUCAAUGGAAAAGUUGUCACCAGGGAUGAGACUAAAAAUGAAGUUCCCCGUUCAAGGACUGGCCUGCUCAUGAAAGAUAUCCCUCUCGAUCAAGUUUCGGAUUCUUCCUUCUCAGGAACGAGCCAAAGAAACUUAAGGGACAGCGACCCCCUUCCUGAUUCUUCUCGUGCCUCAACUGCAACAGAGAUCACUGAGCAGAAGAAGAGUGAAGACUUGUUCUUGGAGUUGCAAUUCGAGAAAGAGUUGGGAGUCGACAAGCUCGAGCUUUCAAAUAGCAGGGAACUGGAGAAAGAAGUUUACAGGAGAAAAAUCUUGGAAAGACUCGUAUCGGAUGCCCAAAAGUUGUCGAGCAUAAGAACAAACGUUGAAGAUAUAAAGGAGGAGGUGGAUGCAAGCAAGGGGAGCAGGAAGAAGAAGAACGCCAACCUCGAAGCGGUUAAAACACAGCUACAAGAAGUCGAGGAUGCAGUUGUGCAACUGAUGGUAAUUAAUGAUCACCUGACAAAGGAUAUUGACGGAAGCCGGUCCUCGGUGGAUGGGAGCGGCCCCCCUGCGGAAGUGGAUGAGUUGGGUGGGGCUGUCCAUGAGAAGAAGGUGAGGGAGCAGGCCAAGAGAGAGAGCGAGAAGAUUGGACGGCUGCAGUUCGAGGUGCAGAACAUACAGUACAUUCUGGUGAAGAUGGAGGACGAGAAGAAGUCCAAAGGGAAGAACCGGUUCUCGAGAUCUGGGACGGGGGUGCUUCUGAGGGACUUUAUCUACAGCGGGAGACGAAACAGCGAGAGGAAGCUGAAGAAAGGGUGCUUCUGUGGCUGCUCGAGAACAUCUACGAAGGGGGACUGAGGAGAAGGAAGAUUUCUUGUGGGCUGUAUUGUAUGUGUUUCCAUUUUUAUGUUCUUUUUGUACCAUGACAGGAAAUGGUUUCCUGGUAUUAUGUUUUGGGAUCAUUUCUUGAAUUAGACAGUGAAGACUGCUAGCCCUUGUGUUCAUGGGAACCUGUAGUGACAAAACUGUUAGUCGGGUUCGAUAAUAUCUCUGUAAUAAAUCGUGCUAAUGUCUUUAGAGUACCGAUGGAACUCGGCUCUCUCUUC